AUGUCAGAUUUUUUGCAUAGAACUUAUGAAACUUACAAAGUUGUUGCGCAGAUCAUGGAUACAAAGCGUGGAAAACUAUUUCAUGUCAUGGCACAACUAUUUUUCAUUAUUGAAAACGAACCAGAAAAAUUCAACGCAAGACCUAAAAUCAUUGAAAAGUACUUAAGAAAUACUCGUGAAAUUCCUAUUCACCUUCAGGAAACCAUCAAACGUGUUUUUGACACAAUGAAAUUAUUGAUCGAAAUUGAUUCCGAUAUCUUUCAACAAAAUCAUCGGUUAUCGCCUAUUGAAUUCGUUUUCAUUUCUUGGAUUAUCGCAAAAAAUCCAAAUCUUACUUUAGCCAAAUAUCAAGAGUGUUUACUCAAGAUGAAGAAACAUGUAAGAGAACAUCAUGAAGAUACACGGUUUAAUGACAAAGUUUAUUCAACAUUGAAAAAAUUUAUGGAUAAUCUCGACCUGGAAAAAUCUAAUGAAUCUAAUGAAUCGUCGUCUGAUAUCGAUUCUCCUGCAAAGCGGAUUAAAUAUACGUGA